GAUGCCAAUUAAGCCGGGGGAGGAGCUAAGCAAUCUAUACAAGUCCCGUGGCAUUUAACGCGGCAUUCGUUUUGGCUUUUGGAUCCCCCACUCUCCUCUCCUCACCUUCUCUCUCUAAAAUAUAUGACAUUGAGGGCGUCAGUUUAUGCUUCUGAAGUGACGUUGAAUAGUGCGUGAUCUUAUUCUCCUUUUGACAAAUCGCAGCAUCUGUAGCAUUACAGCAAACUCUUGAAUAUAUAGAGGGAGAGAGAGAGAGAGUUCGAUGGUGAAAGAGGAAACUACUGAACUAUAGCUCAGGUGUUCAGGGGGGGUAAUUAUCAAGCAAGCGGAUCUGGAGCUGAGUUUGAUUAUGCGAUGACGUAUUUUCUAAGAAGAAGCGGAUGCCGGAGCUCCGAAUAUGAAGUUGUAUAUAUCGACGACUGGUAUUAAGAGAGUACUGGCCGUAAGCAGUGCCGCGAUCCCCGCCGCGGGCGGCGGAGGGGGACUUUUUUUGCCGAAAAUGAAGGGGAAGCAUUCUGUUGGGCGGCGGUUGACUAACCGGACGGCGAUGUUGCCGGCAGUGCUGCUGCUUGGGUUCGUUUUGCCCUUUAUUUUCGUUAGAACUGCAUUUCUUGUCUUGGAAUACGGCGCUCUUUGCUCUUCCUCUAUUGGGUGCCUGACGUGGAGGUUCUUGGGCGGGAGCGACUCAGCCCAGCUCAGAGAAGAGCUGACAAGGGCGUUGCUGGAGGUAGCCACUGGUAGCAAUGAGGAUAGGGGUGAAGUUGGAAUUCAAACAUCAGAGGGUUCAACUGGAGGACCAAUUUCAUUCAAGGAUCUUGUGAGUGACACGACGAAUUCUAACAAACAAGGCAUUAAAGCCUUCGCUAUCAAGGCCAAAACCAUGAUCCAGAAUAUGGAACACAUUGUGAAAACAGCUAAAGGGCAUGAGUCUGUUUACUGGCAUUUAGCUGCUCAUGGUGUACCCAAGAGCCUACAUUGUCUUUCUCUUAAGUUGGCUGAAGAGUAUGCUGUAAAUGCUGUGGCGCGUUCCCGCAUACCUCUACCUCAAUAUGUUUACCGUCUUACCGACCCAUCUUUUCAUCAUGUUGUUCUUUUAACUGACAAUGUCCUUGCUGCCUCUGUUGUUAUCUCCUCUGCCAUCAAGACCUCAAUCAAUCCCGAAAAAUUGGUAUUCCAUGUAGUCACUGACAAGAAGUCGUACACUUCGAUGCAUGCAUGGUUUGCAGUCAACAAAAUUGAUUCUGCAGUUAUCGAAAUCAAGGGCUUGCAUCAAUAUGAUUGGUCUCAUGAAGUAAAUGUUGGAGUAAAGGAAAUGUUAGAAAUUCAUCACCAAAUCCGGAACCACGAGUACAAAAAACUGAAGGAGGAAGACUUGGAAUAUAUGGAGGAAAAUUAUCACAAACUGAAUGUCCUAAAUCCCAGUUGUAUCUCCCUUUUGAAUCACCUACGCGUUUAUCUCCCUGAGCUGUUUCCGGAUCUGAACAGAGUUGUGUUCUUGGACGAUGAUGUAGUGGUACAACGUGACUUAUCAUUUCUGUGGGACAUGGAUCUGUAUCAGAAAGUUGUGGGUGCAGUUGCUGACUCAUGGUGCGGACGUGACUGUUGUCCAGGAAGGAAGUACAAGGACUAUUUCGAUUUCACCCAUACAAUCAUAUCGUCUAAUUUGGAUCAAGAUCGUUGUGGGUGGCUUUAUGGGAUGAAUGUGUUUGACCUGAGAAGAUGGAGGAAGACCAACAUCACUGCAGUAUAUCACGAUUGGCUUAAACUUAGCCUUGAUUCUGGUUUCGCACUGUGGCAUCCUGGAGCUCUUCCACCUGCCUUAGUCGCAUUUGAAGGUCAUGUGCACCAUAUUGAUCCUUCAUGGCACGUAGCUGGUAUGGGGCAUCAGUAUCCAGAGGUCGACAGACAUAAGUUGGAAGCAGCAGCUGUUAUACAUUUUAGCGGGCCUGCAAAGCCAUGGCUCGAAAUUGGGUCCCCUGAGGUAAAAGGCCUGUGGUAUAGACAUGUAAAUGCGUCAAAUGAAUACGUUACUAGAUGUGGAAUAACAGCAUGAGAGGAUAGACAUAAUAUCUUGAAUCUCACCGUUGAGUUUACUUAUUUCGGCUUUAAGGUGGCCGUAUCAUUUGAGACAGAGGGAAGAAGGUUUUAGCCUUCAGUCUCUUCUCAAGCCAUGCGUCCUUAGCCGAUAAUAGCAUGCAGAAGAAGAUAGCCGAAAUUCAUUUACACAGUCUAUCGUAUCUGAUCUGUAAUAGGGAUAAAAAGGAUAUGUAAAUGUAAAUUUAUAUUGUGAUUUCUGAUAGUUAUAUGAAUAUGGUUACGUUCCUAAAUACAGUAGAUAAUAUCCUGUUGCCAUUCUUCUCAUACUAAAAGUUGUUGGUUUGGUUGUGCACAGUCACAUCCUUUCUGUUUGA